GUGGAGUUCGGAGCUCGUAUGGUCAACAUUGAUGGGAAACAAAUCAAACUGCAAAUCUGGGAUACGGGGAGCAGCUGGAGCAUUGCUGGUGUACGACAUUACAAGACGUGAAACCUUCAACCACCUGACCUCAUGGUUAGAGGAUGCCCGGCAGCACUCUAGUUCCAACAUGGUUAUCAUGCUCAUUGGGAAUAAGAGUGACCUAGAGUCUCGUAGGGAUGUGAAGAGAGAAGAAGGAGAGGCCUUUGCUCGGGAGCAUGGACUUAUAUUCAUGGAAACUUCAGCCAAAACAGCCUGCAAUGUUGAAGAGGCCUUCAUUAACACAGCCAAAGAAAUAUAUAGGAAGAUCCAGCAGGGUUUAUUUGAUGUCCACAAUGAGGCAAAUGGCAUCAAGAUUGGGCCCCAACAGUCAAUUUCUACAUCAGUGGGACCCAGCGCCUCGCAGCGGAACAGUCGUGACGUAGGAUCCAACUCUGGCUGCUGCUGAACAUCUGGCCUGAACUCUUUUUUUUCCUCCUGGAACAGCUUCAGAUCAAUAGGCUUAAUGAAAGAGGUCUUACUUGCUUUGGCUGAGAGCAGCCUCUUUUCAAGGUGUGAUGUUUUGCCUUUCCACUUAAAGACCAUGGGAGAAUUUGGGCCCUUGCUGACCUGUCCUUCUUCAGGGACGUGAACAUUCCCUAUAGAUUAGGGCUCUUCUCACCCUGUUAUUUUAAUUUCUAAAAUGUUAGGAUCAAAGUUUAUUGUCACAGUAGUUAAAGAAUAAAUAAUUUCAUAAGCAUAUACAAUCUCUCCCCACCAAGAAUUAGGAUCAAGGAUAUUCUGCUUGAACACUUGAGAUUACUGUGAUCUGGCUGGCCUUUAGAUGAUGGAUCCUCUGCCAAGGAAUUUCAUUGAAUUUUUUUCUUGCCUUUGGGGGUCUACUUGCUACUUCAUA